CGUUAUCAGACGACCUUUUCAAAUCCCCCAGAUCCAGCAAAUGCCCACGAUCAGUGGCAGAAGCUCUUUCAAAACAUUUGCAUGAGCUAGACUUCGUGCCUCAGAACUGAGGUUGUCAACACCUUGGUAAUCGCAGCGGAAAAUGCCGAAGAUGAGUGACAGCAAACCGCGCGAUCUGCUUGAACUGCUGCCCUACGAGAUCCGGCUGAUCAUCAUUCCCUACCUCCCAUUUCCCGCUAUGAGGACUAUGAUGGGCUACUCGGAUACCUGGAAGCAUUUGAUAAUGAGCCAUCCGAGGUAUUUGCAGAUCUUUGAGAUCAGCAUACCCUAUGUCCCGGCGAAGACUGUUCCCGAUUACCUCGCGCAUUUCACGAGCAAAGCGGAGGGGAUCGUGCGCAUCAGUAUUGAGAAUCAGUUUGAUCGUGGUAUGGAGGAUGCUAAUAGCUGUUGGUCAAAUCGAUACAAGAUGCCUUAUGACGAAUCUCAGUUUGAACUACUCACUAGAAUGCUUUGGCAUGAUGAUCCCUUGGGCGGCAAACGGGACAUGCUCGGCGCUAGGGAAAUCGACAGAGAGCUAUACGUCUCCCUGCCGCUCUUCCUAUCCCGCUACAAAGCAGCCAUUAUCAGAGGAAAUCACGCUACCGAUUUGGAAUGGCACGAUCCGUGGAAGAUCAUGCUCUCAGAUCUUAUCGGGAAGGAGUUAUUCGUCAAGUACUUCACAACGCGUACAGUCGGGAUUGAUCUACGAGUAAACAAGUGGGAUCCUGAGGUCUGGGGAGGAGAAAGAGGGACAGGAGAAGAUGUCAGUGACAGAGCGUGGGAGAUUAUAGAUCAUGUUCGGAUGCUCCAUGUGCCGCUAGACGCGAUGACGACGUUUUUCCGCCGAGUCGCGCAAAACAGCCGAAAAUUGCAGACAAGCUACUUGAGGUUCUCCACACCACCGGGAUCCUCAGCAGUGACGGUCACGAAGAGCGAUAUACCUCAGUUCAAGUCUUCUAAGCUUGGUGCAAAGAUAGAGGUACUCAUACUCUGCCCGGAUGAGGAUCAGGAUUCGCAGCUCUGUCAUCGUCCUCGCCAUGUGAUCUCUCAGAAAUAUCUGAGCGAACUGCUGUCAAUAAUGCCAAAUCUACAAGCACUCGUUCUGCGCGAUUUUCACGUGUUGGCAGAUGACGACAGCGAACAGCAACACGAGCAACCGAUGCUCGACCUGCGCUCCUUCAAACAACUGUGUCAUGUUGAUUUUUCUGGAUCCGAAUUUGAAAACGGGCUACCACUGCUAGACCAGCACUGCUCUAGAAUCACGCUACGCCGAUCGCGGCAUCUUACAGAUUUACUAGAAGUAGUUAAGAGCAUGACCGGUGAAAUCCAGACUGCUGGCUUGCUGCAACUGGAGCUAAGUGACAAGAUUGACGGACUCGCGGACGACACACUUAUCGGGAUUCACUAGCGCUUUGACAAAUGGAGUUUUUUUGAUGCUAAGUGUAAUAUUUGCGGAUCAUGACACGCAAUUAUGAGCGCGAAGAAAUUCGCAAGCUACUUAUUUUUUGUCUUCUUCUUUCCAUUGAAUUUAACCCAAAGUGACUUUAAAUGUCUCCUCCAGCUCUACUCGGCGAAGUGCCUUCUAUAUCUACACCCGCACCGCCGAGUCGAUGCUGUCUACCUACGCUGCAGUGAAACGCGGGAUCUUGCAUUCCCACUCUGGAAUAUCGUCUAGACUAUAGACCACACAUUCCCACGCAGAGAUAUCGUCUAGACUAUAGACCACAAUUGUCAAUGAAGACGCCCAGUUCGCUCAGCAGAGGUACUGUCAUGAGGCGACAAGGCUG